AGAAUUUACUGCUGUAAAUGAAGUUGGAAAAAAAUUCGAACAAAUAAAAACAGCAGCGGAUUUUUGGUCCUACGUCGAAAAUCAUAUGAUCGAUAGCAUUUUUUGGGAAUCGACGUAUGCGAUUGUAGACGAAAAGCACAAGAAUAGAAUGAAUAUACUCCAAGAAAAUAAAGUACUGGGCGUGCCAAGAAUGAGGCAGCUUAAAGUUCGAAACGAUUCUUGUAUCAUCCACGAAUAUUUUCGUAAAUUUUUUCUAACUUGUUUCGGUGGGUAUUCGGAGGCUUCUGAGGAUAAGGAAGAGUUUGGUCCUCGUAAUGGAACUGCUUGGAUGUAUAGUUCUGCGGGAAUAACUAAAAAUUUGCCUUACCGGGCUAAAGUAUCAACUUACGGCGGCGGAGGCUACUACUUAGACUUCAUACCCAACAAAGAGGAGACUCAAACGGAGAUUCAAAUGUUGAAAGAAAAUUUGUGGGUAACGAGAGGUACGAGGGCGAUAUUCGUCGAUCUCAGCGUUUAUAAUGGCAACCUAAAUGUUUUCGGCACCGUUAAACUGAUUUUCGAAUAUCCGACCGCCGGCGGGGUGAUACCUUCGGCUGAUAUACAAGCUGUCAAAUUAUUGAGGUUUCAUUCGACUUGGGAUUGGGUCGGUUUGGUAUGCGAAGUUUGCUGUUACGCCUUUAUGUUGUAUUACAUUUUGGAAGAAAUACGCGAAAUUAUGUAUUUUGGAUUGAGGUAUUUCCGUAGAUUUUGGAAUUAUAUAGAUUUAUCCAUUAUAGCGUUAUUGGUGACCGGUUUGAUAAUGUCUCUAUUUAUCAUGCUAGAGGUUCCACCUGCCAUAAAGACAAUAAAGGAGAACCCAAAGGAAUACGGCAACUUGGAAUACGUCGCCCAAUUGUACAUUCGACGAAACAACGUUAUAGCUGUUGCUCUAUACUUGAUUUACCUCAAAGCGUUCAAAUUUUUAAACUUUAACAGAACCAUGGGACAAUUGAAUAAUACUUUAAAUAAGUGUGCUUUGGAUAUUUUGGGAUUUUCGAUGAUGUUUUUUAUAGUAUUUUUCGCUUAUUCCGAACUCGGUUAUUUGUUAUUUGGAAAUCAGGUGGAAAAUUUCAGUACUUUUGGAAUUUCGAUGUUGACGUUGCUGCGCGCCGUCUUGGGCGAUUUCAAUUACGAACAAAUUUCGGAUGCCAAUCGAAUUCUAGCCCCGAUGUAUUUCAUUUCCUAUAUAUUUCUAGUUUUUUUCGUCCUAUUGAACAUGUUUUUGGCUAUUAUAAACGACACGUACGCCGACGUGAAAACGGAGAUAGCCAUAGCUCCGAACGAGAUGCAAAUGACCGAAUAUAUAACGAAAAAAUUCGGAAAGUUUUUGAGAAAAAUCGGUUUGGGCCGAUUUAUACCGAAACAUUACGAAGAAAACGCCGAAAUAAACGCUACGAUCCGAGAAAUACGAGAGGUUUUGAAAAAGUGUGGUUUCAACGAUCUCGAAAUAGAAAUGUUUUUUGCUAGAUACAACAUUGAUCCUUGGUCGGAAUUACGCAUCAAAGAUUCCGAUAAAUUACUCGAAGAAUUAACUUUGAUUCUGAAACAAGAUGGCGACGAAGGAAACGUCAAAGUGACUGAUUUUAUCAGGCAACAGAAGCAAUUACAAGAGAUCGAAGUCGUGAUUCAAAAAUUGGUUGAACAAGUCAAGACGCUGCUACAAAAAUUGGAAGGAAUGGAAAAUGUUACGAGGGAGGAAAUUCGAUAAAAAAAAUCAAAUGAAAAUGUAACAUUUUAUUUAUAAUACGUGAUUUUUAUAAUACAAACGGAAGAAAAUUUAUGUACAAAUCAACAGAUUCAUAAAACGUUUCAGUCGAGAAAUAUUUUCUAAUUAAAUAGUACAAAGUAAGUAUUUUAUAAAUCUGCUCUUUUUUUAAUAAAAUAUAAUAGUG